CGACGGGGUUCUUUUUGAGCCUUGACACAAUGCUAUCAUGGUUGAGAGCAACGAUGGCAUGCUACGAGUAUUCUGGCCAAACAGCCUUACUCGGACAACUACACCUGGUGUAAUUGUAGGAUGGAGGAAUUCAGAACUGGAUUUGUUUGUCAUCACGGUUCUUGAAGAUGUCGAGGUACGCAGCGUGGAGAGCGCUCUUCGAAUGGGCACUCUAUUUCGUGACAGCCCAUACCCGGUGGUACGAAUAUUCCAGUUAUGUGACCGCACGAAUAUGUACGUCUUGGGCACUCUGAAUUAUCCGGAUCUGCCAGAUUGCUUCGAACCCAGCAAGAUCUGCGCUUUUACCGUUCCUGGCGCGAAACGGCCUUACAUCUAUUGCCCGCCCGAUUCAGGAUUAUCUGUGCAAAUAGUUCUUUUCGACCCGCCGAACCCAACCCAGAUGCAAUACAUGUCUCUUGAGCCUAUGUCACUGGCCCUCGGUCGUACAGCUCAGAGGCCUCGGUGGCUCGCAGAUGAAGUCGAGAUGCAGGAAGAGAAAGAGAAGGAUAGAGUGAAUCAUUUGGUUGCUAAAUUGCGGUUUCACACCGUCGUCAGACAUGCGCCAACAAGAAAAGAAAUGGCCCUCACAUCGAUUCUCCGUCAAAUUAAUUGUGCGCAAGAGGUGGCAGACCUGCUGCAAAAGAAUACUCCCCUGGUAGGCCCACGGAGGAAAAGAAGCCUGUCAGUCAGUGAGAGAGUCGUCGAAUCCGCCCAGUCACUCUACACCUUUGCAGCAUGGUCACUUUGGACUCUCUUCAUGACUUACGCCUUCCCGACCGUGUUAUACCUCUUCAAAAUUGCCAUCAUUGGUCACCGCAUGCUUGCCGAGGGUGUCUUGCAAGUUCUUGAGUGGCCAUUGCCUCUGAAACGACUACACUUGCCAGAAACUCGUCAACCUAUCAAUGGUGUAUUCGCCCUGAAAGACAUCUCAGCAUGCUGCCAGCAAGUCCACUUACGACUACAACAAUUUUCAUAUUAUCCAACGCAAUACUCCCUGCUCCGACGACGUCAUGCAACGUGGUCAUCCUUUCCUACUACCAACAGCGACUACAUCCGUUUCUACAACUCUCUCUGGCUAGUUGCUAACGAUGUCAUCAUCGGGAUCGCUCUCGGAAGCUUUUUGAGUGAUAAUGCAGCAGCCACUGCGCAGUUUAUUGGGACCGUUCUCAAUGAAUAUACAGUUGAAGGACUAAAACGCGUCAUACGAUGGCUCAUGUCGUAUCCUGGUGGCCUGAAAUUGAACACCGAACUCGCCGCGUUCAUGGGCGAUUUGUUCUUGUGGGUCAUUGAGUAUUGGUCCUCGACCACAGUGAUGUUGAUCCUGCCAAGAUUGCCUAUGAUUGUCUACUUCAUCGCCUUCUCCUCUUUUGCUGGAGCCAGCAUGCCUAUCGCCAUUCUCUCGGAUCUCCUUAGUCUGACGACAAUCCACAUCUAUUCCUUCUACGUCGCCAGUGCGCGUAUCUUCAAUUGGCAACUGACCAUCAUUGUCAGUUUGUUUCACCUUUUUCGUGGAAAGAAACGAAACGUCCUCCGCAACAGAAUUGAUAAUUGCGACUACGACCUCGACCAACUUCUACUCGGGACAAUCUUGUUCACGUUGUUGUUCUUCCUGCUGCCCACUGUUGUGGUGUUUUAUCUUACGUUUGCACUUGCGCGGAUGGCGAUAAUUUCUCUGAAAGCGACAUUAGAUACAUGUUUGGCCUGUCUGAAUCACUUCCCCCUGUUUGCUCUGAUGCUCAGAAUCAAGGACAGUAAAAGACUUCCAGGUGGUGUUCAUUUUCAACUUCUGGACACAGAGCAGUCCCAACUACCGCGCCAAAGUGGUACAGAGCACUCCGACAGCGCAUCUAGGGACAACGGCGAAGACGAAGAUGACGAAGCGUUGGCCACAAGUGUAGCCUACAUCAGACUGUCGUCUACGCCACUGUCUCUUCGCCAAAUUUUCGAGCAAUAUUUCCAGCUUGGGUCUCGCAUUCGCCAACACUAUCUUUCCCCAAAGGUCAUCUUCCGGCUCUGCUCCGGUCGCUUUGUGCCGCCUCUUGGUAGAAGUGAGAUGUACGGACUGCAAUACUCUGUCCUCCCCCGAGAACGAGCAACAAUUUCUGAGGUGUGGAAAAACCUGAGUGAGUCGCAAACGACUCCAGUCAAUGGGGUGGUAGCAAAGCCUCUGGAUCGACACUCCUCAUUAGAAACGCUCGGAAGGGCAACGAGUAGACGGUGGUAGUAGGUUUGUGAUCAAUGUAAAUUCAUUCUCAAGGCACAGAUUAGCCACAGCGCUUGAUUUAAAG